ACAUCACAUCACAUCUCCACUACCCUAAGCAAAGCAAGUCCACAUUUUUUUCCCCUUAACCCAAGCCUACUCCUUCCCUCAGGAGAGAGAGAAAGAGAGAGACCCACCAAAAUAAGCGUUUUUUUUCUAGAGCGAGAAAGCUCCGGAGUCGUCAUACGCCAUGGGUUUGCAGAUCUGUGGCGUCCCUAGUCUCGUGUUCCUCAUCGUCUUCACUGUUUUGGGUUUUACUAAUUCAGCAUUGCCGGAAACCCCAUCUGUAAAAAUGCCCAAUCCCGGCGGUGGCGGCCAGAUCAACUCCAAUUCAGUGCUUGUGGCCCUUCUGGAUUCGCGCUACACGGAGCUGUCUGAACUGGUGGAGAAAGCCCUCUUGCUGCAGACACUUGAAGAAGCUGUGUCGAAGCACAACAUCACCAUUUUCGCCCCAAGAAAUGAAGCUCUGGAGAGGGAUUUGGACCCUGAGUUUAAGCGGUUUUUGCUGGAGCCCGGAAAUCUGAAAUCCCUUCAGAAUCUGCUGCUUUUCCAUAUGAUUCCCACUCGCAUUGAGUCGAAAGAGAUGAACAAGAAGCCUGUGCACCAUACCAGUCUCUGCCGUGAAGCCCACGACGAGAAGAUUCUGUUGACGGAGAUAAAUGGGGACAAGAUCGUGAGCACCGCCAAGGUUAUCAAGUCCGACGACAUCAUUCGCCCCGACGGAAUCAUCCACGGCAUUGAGAGGCUACUGGUUCCCAAAUCCGUCCAGCAGGAUUUCAACGCCCGCCGGAGUCUGAGGACGACCUCCGCCGUCCUGCCGGAAGGAGCGCCGGAAGUUGACCCCAGAACAAACCGCCUGAAAAAACCCGCCCCGCCUGUCCCUGUCGGCGCGCCGCCGGUUCUCCCCGUUUACGACGCCUUGGCCCCCGGUCCGUCCCUGGCCCCCGCCCCGGCUCCCGGACCCGGCGGCCCUCACCACCACUUCGACGGCGAGAGCCAGGUCAAGGAUUUCAUCCAAACCCUUCUACAUUACGGCGGGUACAAUGAAUUAGCCGAUAUUUUGGUGAAUCUGACAUCGCUGGCUACUGAAAUGGGGAGACUCGUUUCCGAGGGUUAUGUCCUGACAGUUCUAGCGCCGAACGACGAGGCAAUGGCGAAGUUAACGACGGACCAGUUGAGCGAGCCGGGGGCGCCGGAGCAGAUCAUGUACUACCAUCUGAUCCCGGAGUACCAGACGGAGGAGAGUAUGUACAAUUCGGUGAGGAGGUUCGGGAAGGUGAAAUACGACACUCUCAGACUGCCGCACAAAGUGGCGGCGGAGGAGGCCGACGGGUCGGUCAAAUUCGGACAGGCAGAAGGAUCCGCUUAUCUGUUCGACCCGGAUAUCUACACCGACGGGAGGAUUUCUGUUCAGGGGAUCGACGGCGUUCUCUUCCCGCCGGAGGAAAGCAAGGCUGCAUCUAAAGCUGCUGCUGUUCCAGCUGCCAAGAUUGUUUCAAAAUCGAGGAGAGGAAAGCUGAUGGAAAUGGCCUGCACCAUGCUUGGAGCUGUUGGACAAAGCUCUCAUAUCUCCAGCUGUGAAUAAAUCAUCAAUCUUUCAGAAGAAAAAAUAAAAAAUAAAGAGGGGGGGAAGGAAACACACCACAAAAAGCAAUAAAAUGGCAGUUCUUUUAGGAAGACAACCAUAAAGGGGUGGAGGCGCUUUGCAGUUGAAGCUGUCCCUCGGAUCCCCACUGGAGAGUUCGAUUUUUUUUUUUUUUUUUUUUUCUUAAAUUUUAUUAUCUGUUAUUUUGAUAUAAAUACUGUAAUUACAUAUAUAUAUAUAUUGUCUAUUCAAUUGUUUGUAUGUAAGGUUUGUUCUACCGACAGUGUCUGCACAGAUAUAUUUCAUUUUGCUACUGUUGGUGGUCAAUUUAUGGGUGAUGAGUUCCUGGUUUGAUUGCA